AUGGCUGCGCAGGUCUACAACUCCGACCACACCAUGUCCGCUACCGAAGAGGAGGCCCUCGGUGCCUCCGGGGAUGACCUUGAUGUGGACGAUCUGCCCGAAGGCAUGUUCCACCACCUCGCAAAUCCCGCUGACCUCCCUGCUGCGAAGAAGCCGUGUAUGGUUCUUGACGCCAGUCCCGCCCCCAAUCCUUCCCCCUCCACCUCCUCCGGUUCGGCCCCGGUACACUCUCCCGUGCCCCUCGCUGUCGCCGCUCUCUUUGCGCCCUCGUUUGGCCUGGCACCGUCGCUGGUUGCAACUGCAGCAUCUCUCAAUAGCCCGGCAACCUGCGCAACCGCAUACGCGUCCGUCGCCUCAAGCUCCAACCUGGCUCCCGCGCUGCCCGCCUCGCUCUUUGCCUCGCCCACUCCAGGCGACGCCCCCCGUAAUCUACGUCGCACGCGCACGGAUGCUGCUGCCCCGUUGCUUUUCCCCCUGCGCCGCCGCGUGGUAGUCAAUGUUCUCCUCCCGGAAGCCGGGCUGGAGUCUCACCGCUCUGAAAUUUUCGCUGGCAUCAAUGCGCGGCUGUGUGGCUUUAUGUUAUCAUCUGGCAUUAUCCCUUCCUUCGAGCAGACCGUUGGGAACCCCUACCGUGUGGCCCGCCGGCUAUGCUACCUCACCUUCUCCUUGCCUUACCGCUCUGGUCCCCUUGUGCUCCACUUUCUGCUCUCCAUUUCGGCAUCUCCCCCCCCCCUAUUACACUACCUCCCCACUCUUCCAGAGCUACAGUUCUCACCCACCCUGCUCUGUCCCAUUGUAGCCUCAUCCCCCUCUGCCCUCCCAGCUGCUGGGCCGUCACGAUCACUUACGCCCACCACCCCCCUUCACUCUAUCCCUGCCUCCCCACCGCCCCGCAGUCAACGCGCUCCCCUGGAACUCCCCCCCCGCAACCCCACUCUUAACCCCCCUAUGCCCAGUGUCUCAUCCCCCCCUGCCCCCCCAGCGCCCCACCCCUUGGCGCUCACCCCCCCUCCUCUCGCCUGA